CCUCGCUGCGAGGACGCGUAAUCGCGCACGCGCCCCCAAAUAGCACAACCACUGUUCGUCGCCACCAACCAAUAAUUUGGGGAAAAACUCCAAUUGCGGCGCCCGCAAAAAAGGUAAUAAUUUUUUCCGCUUUUUUUCACCUCUAAUCCCCACCAAAUUUUGACUAGGCGGCGGCUCGAUCUCUCCGAAACCCUAAUCGAGGUCCCUGCGGCGAGCUCGGUAGCUGCGGAUCGCUGGAGUCCAGGGCAGUGGGCGGUUGGCCGGCCAGCGGCGUCUAGGGUUUGCUCUUCCUGGAGCUGUUCGACCAGUUCGCGCGCGGAGCUACAUUUGGCGCCGCCGAGAUGCAGCCGCCGUCGAACAAGUUCGCUCGCGUCGACACGCUGGAGCUCAAGGCGCAGCUCGUCAAGCGGCUCGGACACCCGCGCGCCGAGCUCUACUUCCGCAGCCUCAAGAGGUUCCUGGGUUGUCAGCUCGGCAAGGACGAGUUUGAUAAGAUCUGCGUGGCUGCAUUGGGGAAGGAGAACAUCAAGCUUCAUAAUUCUCUGAUCCGGUCCAUCCUGGGCAAUGCCUGGAUGUCGGUCGGGUUGCCGCCGAGCAAGCAGGCAGCCACCGGGAACUCGCAGACGAGCACGGUAUCAAAUGGGACACUGACUGGUGGCAUGCUGCCUGUGAGGAGGGUGCAGCCGGUGGCUAGCAGGGAGAGGAGGUUUACUGACAAGACAAGCCCACUUGGGAAGUCGCCUCUUGGCCAUCCGGGUGCUGGGGAGUUUGUGUCAACUGGUAGCAAGGCUCUGCAGGAGGUUAUCUCGGUGGAAGACGGCGAAGAGGUUGACCAGGCCUGGGGUAGUCCGGUGUGUGUACAGAGCCGAAGCCCGAUCAGGGCUCCGUUGGGAGUUGCCAAGGCUCAGAAUUCUCAGCUUUCGACGUCUUGUUCUCAAGAUAGGUGCUACAAUAAUGGUGAAUUGCCAGAUUCUCAGUCGCUGUCAGAGCUGCUGGAGGAUAAGUUGAAGGCUCAAGGUCUGAGCGUACCCAGAGAGUGUGCUGAUGUGUUGAACUCUGGGUUGAAUGCAUACAUAAGUCAGAUGCUGAGGGCUUGUUUAGGCGUUGCGAAAGCAAGGGGAAACAACACGAGGAUGCGCCAAGCAAAUGGGCGUACUGCUUCUGCUGGGCAGAAUCAUGGCCUUCCAUUGGAAUCAGGCUGUUGUUACCAAGCUUCUUUGCUUGAUCUUUGGACAGCAGUACAAUCCGAUACUCGGUUACUGGAAUGUUCUCGGCAACGUGAGAAGAUUGCUUCUCAUGUCUUCAACAGAUAAAUGAGGGCAGCUAGUUUUCAGCUGAUUUUUAGCAAACCUUAUGUUGGACAAGUGUAGGCAAUACAUUGCGGUACCAUUGAUCCUGCUGUAGAAACUACAGUUGGUUAGUUUGAGUGUAGGGCUGGGUAGUGUACCCAUGGCUGGUCAGGGCGAUACUUCUUAGGAUGCAGUACAUGACAGUGAGCUUCAUUUACCUGUGAUUAUUCACAAAAAUAAUUAAAAGAAGAUUCUGGCAA